AUGAUAAGGCGCCCACCAACAGUUGUUUGUUACAUAUGUGGUCGUGAAUAUGGGACCAAAUCUAUUAGCAUCCAUGAGCCACAGUGUCUGAAAAAAUGGCAUAAUGAGAAUAAUUUGUUGUCUAAAGAACUAAGGAGACAAGAACCGAAAAAACCAGAAGUUAGAGCCAUUACUGCCAAAGGGUUCUAUGAUCUUGACUCCUUAAACGAAGCUGCUUGGACAAGUGCCCAGAGCCAAUUGGUUCCCUGCAACGUUUGUGGGCGGACCUUCCUGCCAGACAGACUGAUUGUUCACCAGCGAUCUUGUAAACCUAAAGCCGCCAAGUAA